AUCAGCAUCUGCGUGUAGGUUGUUAGAGACAAAGAAAGCAAGACCUUUAGAUGGUCGGAAGAUCAACAAGAAACCCAAACACAAACAUAAAUUCUGAAUUUGUAGCAUCUAUGGAAACACGUGAAAGGGAUAACAAUAGUAAUAUGAAGAUGGUCAUAGAUGAUGCUUUGAACGGCUUCUCUCCUGUCUCAACCCCUAGGAUUUUCUGGAAAUCUCGAAGAAGAUCAGGUGCCAAAAAACAAAAUGGUAACUUGUUCCCCACAGCUAGCGGGAGGAAUUUAGAGGUAUCAGAAGAUAGUGCUAAUAUACCACCCUCCAACUCCAAGCAGGAAGAUUCUCCUCCUGUUCCUGAUCCUCCUAGUGAGGAGGUGCAGAACUCAACACCAAUUUCUGAGCGUCGAAAGGCCUUGUUUGAACCAUUAGAACCUAUAAAGAACAUUAAUGGCCGACGACCCUCGGCUGAGUCUUUACUUCCUCCUCCUGACUUUGAGUCUGCAAACUACCCAAAGGGCUGGUUGAUUGGAAAGAAGAGAAAGCUUGUUAAUGUUGAUGUUGUUGAAAGCAUGCGAAGGAUUGCCGUCCAAGAAAUGAACAGAAAGGACAGGGAAAUUGAUGGGCUGAAUGAACAACUAGAGGAGGAUUCACGAUGUCUAGAGCACUUGCAACUCCAGCUUGUGGAAGAACGAAGCAAACGUGCUCGAGUGGAAAGAGAUAAUGCAAUGCUUCAAGAGCAAGUGAACAUGCUUAUGAACAUGUUACAAGAAGCAGAACAAAUGGGAGAUGAUGGCCAAGAUGAGCCUUAAAAGUAUAUUAUGUGUGUUUGUGUGCAUUAAAUUCUUUUUGUAGAUUUUGUUUGUCAUGUCUAGUUGGCUGCGCAUAUCUGCAGUUAUUAGAGUGCAUAUAGUAUUAUUUGGGGGGAGUAGAUCAAACCGCAACGAGCAAACUAUUAGUUUAUCUAAACAAAAAAAAAAAAAAAAUUGUAAAUCUUCUGGUUACUCUAUGGCUGUUAAUUUAUACCUUGUUACUCUUUAAGCUAUAAAAGAGUAUUCAGUAUUGUAUUCUAUGUUGAAUAAAGAUCGGUCGAGAUUAUUUUCAUAUCCUGGCCUGUUACCAGUUUA